UCCUCGCGAAGGAGACCGUGGACGAGCAAGAAAUCAAACUGGUGGGAGGUAAAACUCUCUCUCUCUCUUUUGAGCACAGCUGAUCAUUAAAGCUACCGCUGGCCAGUCAAACUUUCACGCUCGGUGAUAUCCGAGCUUCGAGCGUUGAAACACCUCGUACAUCAAGGUCCGUGAAAAAUCGAUCAAUCAAUAUUUUGAUCGAACCGCGAGAAACAUCGAUCUCCGAGCAGUGCAACGAUUAAUUAAGUGUACAAACAAAUUUUCAACCUGGUGCAACGAAUUCAAGGAAGAGGAUCGUUCAAGUGAAAGAUCAUUCACCAGGACAUCAUUGGAAUAAAAAGGGAAACUUCUUUCGCAGAAAUGCCGAAGUGAACGAGAAAGGAAUCGAACAAACAAGGAGAAGAGGAAGAAAGUCGAGACGUUCCGAAACAGUGUAAAAAAGUUACAAAAAUAAAAAAACAACGUUUGAGAAAACAGCAAGUUUAGAAUUCCAUGGACGAGCAGCCGGUUACAAAGAGAAGACAAAAGGGCCUUUAGAAUUCCCACUCGAUGCUCAUCCUUCGAACGAUCAUUACAAUGAUAAUGGAUCAGCCUAUUUUCCAAGCCGACGCUGUUUGACGAAUACCCACGAAGAUACAGACAUUGGUACUCGUGAAAUCGUGGGUGUCCCUUCUGACGCUCGUCGGAUAAAUUAACAAGAAAAAGGAACUUACUCUGUCUGGAGGGAUAAAAGACAUCGCGGAUACCGGGAAGAAAUCGAGGAAGAGGGAGAACGCGAGUUGGUACGACGAUGUUACCGCCUUCGACAUCCGAUAGCUCGUCCGAUAACUGCUACCAGUGUUGCUCGAAGAUCGGCACACGAUUCACUGGUGUCAGAUAGGAGUUGAGAAAACCGUCUAGAAAUCCGGUGGAGGACGAUCGAGAAAACGAAAAGAUGAUCGGUCUGAUCGGUCGAUUACUCGUUCCACUGAUCGUCGGCUGGCUCUGCGAUUCUACCGUGGGAUACAACGUGUUGUUGGCCACCAUGGGUGGCACUAAAUCGCACACGGUGCCGUUUAUCGCUUUGGGUAAUAGUCUGAAGUCUCGGGGACACAAUGUGACACUUUUGAGCGCGUUCACUGGACCAGCGGCUAAUAAUGGACUGCGGGAAUUCGUUCCUCCCAUCUUCGAGGCCUACGUCGGGAAUUACACGUCGGAAUGGGAUCUGGUGGGUGCUAGAUUUCGAGAUGAAAUGCCUAUCUCACCGUGGGAUGCAAUGCGAUAUGCCUGGGAGGCUUGCGAGUCGCUUCUUCGCGACCAAGUAUCUGUCUCUUCUCUAAGAAAGCCUGAAGGCGAUCCUCGGGCAAGCUGGGACAUCGCGGUCGUGGACGGUGCCUAUCCGGAGUGUCUUCUCGGGAUACUUUACGGGGAAAAUGUGCCCACCAUUAUGCUGAACACGGUAGCUCUGUACAGCGGUUCCAUUGGUCGUCAGGGUAAUCCUUCUCCCUGGUCCGUCACGCCGUAUUUCGGUAAAUCUCUCACCCAGGACAUGAACUUCCUUCAGAGGAUCCUGAACGUCGCCUGUCUAGUUACCUUAAGAAUCAUGCACUGGAUCAUGAUCAGUGGAUACCUUCAACCGGUUUUGAGAAAAUAUUUGGGAGACCAAUUACCCGACGUACGAGACCUGACCAAAGAGAUUCCCCUGACCUUGCAGAACAGUCAUUACAGCGUCGCUGAUUCCGUUCCCUACUUGGCGAACGUGGUGAACGUUGCCUGCCUCCAUUGCAAGCCUGCUACUCAGCUCAGUCCUGACUUGGAGACCUUUUUGCAACGCGGUUUCAUCUUCGUGUCCAUGGGUUCGUCGGUUCGCGCUUCGGGGAUGCCAGAGGCGCUCCGACAGAUUUUCGUCGCAGCCUUCGCCACCCUUCCUUACAACGUCGUGUGGAAAUGGGAAGGUUUGAACAUCAAAGAUCUGCCAUCAAAUAUUAGAACAGCGGCGUGGUGGCCGCAACAAGAGCUACUUGGACAUCCGAAGCUGCGAGCCUUCGUCUCUCACGGUGGACUUUUGUCCCUCCACGAGGCGGCUUAUCAUGGCGCUCCAACCCUCGUCUUGCCGGUGUUUUGCGACCAUGAUGGAAACGCGGCUCAAGCUGAGAAAUUAGGCUACGCCUUGGUGAUGGAUUUGGCCAGAAUAUCGAUUGGAAAUCUUCGCGAAGGUAUCCUUAAGGUAGCUGCGGUACACAACAAUUCGUACCGAAUAGCAGCGAGGAAAAGAAGUUCUUUAUUAAGAGAACUGCCUAUUAGUCCCAGGAAAUUAGCCACUUGGUGGGUGGAACACGUCGCCAAGCACAAAGGAGCUGAACAUUUGAAAAGCUCUGCGAGGUACAUGAGUGUCGUUCAUUAUUACUCUGUUGAUGUAAUAAUAUUUUACGUGAUUACGUUGAUACUACUGGUGUACGGAUUGAAAAAAUUGUGUUGGAGGACGUUGUUUAAACAAGUUGUCGCUAAGAAGAAGUUUGACUAGACUGAACAGUGGUGAUUUCACUUGAUGAAUAUUUAUUAUGUUACAUGCGUUUCCAUGGCCUGUGCAAUGUUAAUAAUUUUAUGUAUGUACACGAGUUGAAAAAUGUAGAGAUUAUGAAGUUAUAAUAAAAACGUUUUCCUAAAU